AUGACGCAGGAGGGCUGGCCGCACGCCGUGACAGCCGCGCAGGCCGCGGGCCUCCUCACGCCGCCAGUCGCGGCUCUGGCGCUUCUUCUUGUGCUACUCCGCGUCGUGUACAAGCCGCACGAUGCGUCCUUCCACCUCGACAAGCACGCCAACUACGGGUCUCUGAGUGACUUCAGCGAGACCGAGUCAGACGCGGACGACAUCAUCUACGCUGGCGAGGUGGCGGGCGACUAUAGUGCGCCCUGGACGGCUACGUUCGACCUCGCCUUCGUCGCUGGCAUGGCCGUUGGCGCUGUCGCCCUCUCGAUCACAACGUCUAUCGUGCAGCCGCGUCUCUUUACCGACUCGGGCUUCUGGCUUUCGCAGCUCGUCAAGAUCUUGUGCAUGCUGGUCGUCUCGACGCUCGGCGGGCUUGUCUGUCGCUUCUUCUGCAUCGUGGACGACCAUGGCUAUGUCAUGACGACGCGCAACUCGGUUUUCAAGGUCAACUACACGCGCAAGCUGCAGCACUUUGCAGCGUAUUUGAUCCCGCUGCUUCGUCCUAUCGUGCGCGCCACGGCAGCGCCGACGCUCGAGAUGGCGUGGGCGUACUACUGCACGCUCGCGUGUUUUCUCCUUCUCAUCAAGCCGCUGCGCGAGCGGUCGCGGCUCUGCAUGCUGCAGUUCAACGCGCUCGAUCGGCCCGAGGACCGCCCGCAUACGCUGAAGUGGCUCAUCGCGGGUAACUUGGUGCCUGGGUUUGGUCUCGUGACGCUCUUCUCCGCCGUCUUUGAGAACGUCAGCUUCCUCCUCCUCAUCGUACUCAUCGUGUGCAUUGGCGACGGCCUCGCAGAACCCGUGGGCAUUGCGUUCGGGCGACACAAGUACUUGACCUCGAGCUGCCUCUCGCAACGGCGCUACACGCGCAGCUUCGAGGGCAGUGCUGUGGUCUUUCUCAGUACGCUCACGCUGCCUGCCGUCAUGUAUGCCAGCUUUGCGUCGCCGACGCAGGUGUUUGCCACGAUGGCGCUCUUGCCGCCGGUCGUGACGUACGCGGAAGCCAAGUCGCCGCACACGGUCGACACGCCGAUUUUAAUGCUGCCGCUGGCACGCUCUUGCACGUAG